AAACUUUAAUUACACUAAUUUCUUGAUCACCCAUAUUCACCCCCAAAAACACACACACACACAAUGGCAGCCACAAUGGCCACAACCAUGGCACUCCUCAACCCCAAAUGCUUCACUCCCACCACCGCCAUCAAGCCCACAAAGCCCCUCCUCUCCCUCCCCAAAUUCCUCACCCCCGCCUCCGCCCCGGCCGUGGCGGGAACCGUCUUCGCGGCCCUGUCGGGCGCAGAGCCGGCCUUGGCGGCCCAGCAGCUGGCGGAGAUCGCGGAGGGGGACAACCGCGGCAUCGCCCUCCUGAUCCCCAUCAUCCCGGCGAUCCUGUGGGUGCUCUACAACAUCCUGCAGCCGGCGCUCAACCAGAUCAACAAGAUGAGGGUCACCAAGGGCCUCAUCGCCGGCCUCGGCGGUGGCCUAGCGGCGGCGGGGCUCCUCCAUCCGCAAGAGGCGGCUGCCGCGGCGGAGGCGGCGGCGGACAACAGGGGGCAGCUGCUGCUGUUUGUGGUGGCGCCGGCGAUUGGGUGGGUGCUUUACAACAUCUUGCAGCCUGCUUUGAACCAGAUUAACAGGAUGAGAUCGGAUUGAGUAAAAAGGAUGUGUGUAAUUAUAUGAAAUCUUCUUCUCUUUUUCAUGUGCAUGUGAUUGUAUUAUUCCUAAUAAUAGAAACUCUUUCUGGCA